AUGUCUGCAUGCUUGACAACCCCGGACCAAGUUACGGGUCUCCCAGAGUCUCCAUCUCCUCUCAACAAUGAACGAAAGCAGAAUAUCAAGGAAGCCGUACAGGUCGUCGUCGAGGCCGUGAGCUUUGUCUCGGCUGUGACGGAGAACGUGCCCUUCUUGGGAGCCAUCUCAAAGGCGCUCACGGAAAUCAUGAAGAUAUGCGAUGAAGUGUCCGAGUUUGACGACGAACGCAAGGCGGUCAAGAGAGUCGUUAGCGAGAUCAAGCAGAUCGUCGAUACAACCCGUAGCCUGUGUGAUGGACGAGGGAUGGCGACUGAUAUGAUACCGGCUGCCCUUGUCAAACCCCUCACCAAACUACAAGAAUGCAUUGACCGGACCCGGAAAGACAUCGAUGCUUGCACAUCCAUGUACGUCGUGAAGAACGAAGGAAUAUUUCGAGCUGCUGCGUCUCGUACACGUCGAUUUGCCCGCAAAGUGAUCAAUCGUAAAGUCUUCCUCGGUACCAUGAAGAGUUGCCGCGAAGAUAUGAACUCGACGUUCGCCUUAUUUUGCGUUGCUCUCCAUAUUGAACAUACAAUGGCACAAGAUGAUCUAACAAAGAAGGUCAACGUCCUGAGUCGUUCGAUAUCAGAGCUUAUCGACCUGAUGACGACGAUAAGGCAAACUCCAACUGACAAAGUUUAUGCUUCGAACGCCGGCUUUGAAUCUGUGGGCCAUUCAUCUAUCCCGGUGGAUGGCGUACUCAAUGAGCGUGACGAACCUACGACAUCCGCCCCACCUCAGGUAGACCAGCCUUUGGGCCAUGAUAGUGAACAUAGGAUCGAUAGCGAACGUGCCAGUACGCCUGUAACCGUCCUCGACGACGAUUGGAUUUUUCUAGGCCGUCAAGUGCGAGCCGUAAUAUCAACGUUCUCGCGCAAGGACCAGGACACUAUCAAACGAGGUCUCUCGAAAAUAUUCUCAUGGGCUCUUGAACUAGACAGCAGCGGUCAUGGCCAAGAAUUGGUUCCAAAUUCAUCGUCCGUGACGGUUGGGACCGCAGUAUCGAUGGCCGCGAUAUAUCUUCUGCUCUUCAUGAUGUGGAAGCUAUUGUCUGUAGUACCGCACGUCUUUGGAUGGAAGCCUGGAAGCAUCAUCAUCGUAGACAUCCUUGAUCACGAAUGGGAGCUCCAUUACGACACUUUCUCUACUUGGGAGACCACGGAUAGAUUCUUGAAGGAGAAAUUCAAAGGGCGCAUAGGGGCGUCAUACGUGCUGGGCGGAGAUUAUGCUCUAGGAACGACCGAUCGUCUUCGCAUCACUCGCCAGGAAUGGUCGCAGGUUGUCCGACCGAAAGCGCGACUACGAAUGGCUGUCGUGGUUCGUGAACGGUUCCCCGGGUGCCCGUUUUGCAGGAAACUCUCCACUAAGCAAGAGGAACGGACGGAGGGAGGCUUGAUCGUGUGUUCGAAAUGUGGGCAUACGUAUGGGUUGUAUCAGGGGAACGAAAUUGACAUCAAGAUUGCUGAGACGAAUGAAUUCUACAUGAGUCCGAGAACGACUGGCUCUUCCUCCACAUCCUCUAUCUCUUCCUCACACUCGAUGUUACCCGCACAUCCGAGCUCGGAGUCAACUACGAAUUUCUUGGGUCGAUUCACGCGAGUACUGGUCGAAUGGACGAGGCCCAGGAUCAACCUUUCGAGCCGCUCAAGCGAAGAGUGCCAAGAUGCAGGCUACGAUAGGAAUGUUGACUACGUCUUGAAGCUGAACAAUCAUCUCGGCCACACCAAGCAGCUCGGCAACUUUGAGUGGACCAUUACCACCGAGGGGCCUACCGGUGCACCGAUGCACUAUGCCGCUGCAAUGCUGAAUGGCGUCGCCAUUGGCUCGGGCCAUUGGGGAAGGAUCAACCUCGUGAAGAAGGUCGCAGCUUUCCGAGCGCUCAAGUACCUCAGGCAGGUGUGA